AUGACGACAUGGAGUCGAAUUGUAGAGGACUUCGAUAACAAAGUGAAUUCGAUCGACGCAAAGGCCAAGAACUUUGUCAAUGACUAUUUCACUCGUGUGCGAGGAACUAAUAAUGCAUUCAAUCUACUGGAGCGCUUCAAAGCCGUAAAGGCGCGAGGUGCAAUCAGUUGUUUAUUGAAGGACAAGUAUAGAGAUGUGUUGCGCAGCUUGGGAGUGGAGUUAACGAAAGCAGAGAAACUGUUCAAUGAGCUGAAGAAUGAACCAGAACGUGAGCGCUUUAUUCCACCAGUUUCAAAUGCGAUUCGCUGGGCUCGUCUCAUUUUCAGCACCUCCAAAUACAGUGUUUUGCGUUUCCUCAAGUCCCAACCGGACAUCUUCGAUGAAGAGGAGGCUGAGGAUACUGCCGAUGGACGAAAUAGCAAACAGGCACAAGGAGCGGGUGAUUAUAAAAAGUAUCUUAUGCCACGCAAGAAGGCUAUCAGUGUUAGACAGCAAUAUAUCGCCCUAGCCCAUCUUUUGCAAGAUUUUCAGCUUGAGAAAUUCAAAGUUUGGGAGAAUGAAAUAUUAAUUUUAUUGAAUGAUUCUCUACGUCAAUCAAUCCUUUGCAAAAGCUCUGCUCCAAUCCCUUUUCAUAAGGCAAUGCCUAGUGUUCGACCCCCGCCAACUUGGUGGGCUGGACCACUCCAUCAAGACUUGGAGCAUCCAGUAAUUCAUGCACCCAAUAAGUCGAAUUUUCAUAUCGGAAGUUAUCUACCUUCAGAAAUUAGUUGGGGCCUAGGUCCGAAUAAAGAAGGCACAUCAAGUCCCCAUUCAUAUUUCACCCUCCAAAGCUACGAAGAUGAAUCUCUAGAGUACGAAGAUCCACCAGUAUAUGAAGUCAACUUUAGCUCAACAAUAUGGUUAGCAAUUGCGGAAUCAGUGAGAAUGGAACUUUUGGGAUUGAAAAUUCCAGAAAUGGUUCGUCUUCUUGGUUUGCGGGUAGGCACUUAUACACAGGAUCGUCGAUAUUUCCAAAAGACUGUACUUCGGCUUCAAGUCAUUGUAGAUCGGUAUGAAGCAAUACGCUGCAACCUAAAUCCACUCAAGGCGUCAUUAUUACAGUCCACUUUAAAAGACACUACAGAGCACUUUGAGUAUGGAGUGAACUACGUCAACUGGGAUAGCUUAACAAUUGACGACUUUCUGGAACAAUGCGAAAAGAAACUAUUAACUCUAGAAACACAGCUUGAGGAAAUCGACAACUGUUUUGCCACUUUGAGUGAAGUCUGCCAUACGAUUAGUCAGAUGAAUCUCUUCAAAGAACGAUCAAGGGCUGUGCUAGUAUCAGCCAAAGAAUACCUUGAUUACGUCGAGAAAAUGCGAGAGAUUGAUAUGGUGAAUCUGACUAGGAAUACUCAAGGGUCCCUCAUAAACGCUCUAGGAAAGCUUGAAGAGACUUUAUACAACACCAAUACACGACGCUGCAAGAAAUUGGAGCCAGUCUACAAAAUGUGUGAAAAGCGAGUAAUGGAGUCAGUAGUUAACAUGGUUUUGAAGAAUAUCUGGCACUUUAUUAAUAAAUUGGGUGGAAUGAAACCCAUCUUUCACAUCGAUAUUCUUCUCACUAACUCUGAUAUCGUACUCUAUCCAAAUACCUCCGAUUUAUAUAAAUGGAUGAUUCAAACUAUUCGUGGUUGUAUCAACAGCACUCAACACUUUGUGCGUUGGAUGCGGGGUUCAUGUGAACCCUGUCCGACAGUUCGUGGUGAAGAUGAUCAAAUUUUAAGCAUCAAUUUCGCCCAGGAAAUAAAACGUUGUCCUAAAAUCCACGAACCCGAAGCUGUGUUCACUGAACAUGUUGCUAAACUCAACCGAAUAGUCAUAGAUUUUCUACGUCGAUUGGGAAUAUAUUCCACGCUUUGGUAUCAAGAUAAGUUGAAUAUAGUUGAGAAGUGGGUGCGCAAGAAGCCUCGAACAACUCAUGAAUUUGAAAAUCGAAUAAUAACACUCCAAAGCUGGUUUGAGAAUUUAAAAAGGGUUAUUGACAAGACUGAAAAUCAGAAAGGAGGCUCCAGAACACGACUUGUACUGGCUGGCGCUCUUGGCCUUCGACUGACCUCCUUUCUUGAAAGUGCACGGUCCCAUCUUUCCGAUUGGAUACGACUCUAUCUCCGCCAUGUUUAUGAUACAGCACAACUGAAAUAUAACACGUUAAUGAAGACCCUGCUGGAGAAGCUCGAAGUUCUAAAGACGAAACCGGUUACUUUAGAUCAACUUAAACAACUUCUUAAAGUUCUGCGUGAACUGGAAAGCGGAUUGUGUGAAAUGGUUGAUGAAUGUGUAAGUGAUCUGGACGAGCGUUAUCGUCUAUUGUGUCAGUAUGGAGAUCUGGAGUAUUGGAAAACCGUAAUUCCUGAAGACCACUGGAAUUCUUCUAGAAUUCUUCGUAGACGCUUUAAUGCUAUUCUACAUAGAGGAUAUGAAGUGGCUGCUAAUAUUGCCCCUGUGAAAGCACAAUUCGCAGUGGGAAUGCGAGAUGUUAUAGCAGAUUUCAAACGCAGAAUUAUGCUCUUUAUUGAAGAAUACGAGAAAUUUGGUCCAGGAAGGGAGAAUCAAGAUCUGGAAAUCGGCCUAAAAAAUCUUAUCAAAUUCACCAAACUUUGUGAUAGUUUUGAAACAGAAAGACUAGACUUACUAAAUAGUGAACGACUGCUUGGUCUACCCAUCUCUUCCUAUCCGGAAUUGCAGAAGAUCCGAUCUGAACUAUCCAGCUUGAAACCACUAUACGAUCUCUACUACAAGCAAAAGGUGGCACGUGAAGAUUGGGCUAUGAUCCUGUGGAAGAAUGUUGAUGUCAAAGCCAUUCAAAAGGCAACAGAGAAGUUCCUUGACAACCUCAAAGAACAACCUAAAAUUAUUAGAAUGCUUCCAUGUUCCAGAAAGCUAUAUACGGAUUUAAGGAACUUUGAGGAUUCAUUGCAAUUGAUAGUUUUAUUAAAAGAUGAAGCACUCAGAGAUAGGCACUGGAAGCUACUUAUGGAGAGGACAGGAAUUAGCUUUGAUAUUGAUCCUAUGACAUUCACUCUAGAAGGUGUAUUCGCUAUGGAGCUUUAUCAUUACUCAGAGGAGAUUGGAAAUAUUGUUGCAAACGCUCAACGUGAAUUUAUCAUUGAACAGAAUCUGGAGGAUAUAAAGAAGACGUGGAAAGAGAUGAAAUUCACUCUUGCCUUGUACACCAAGUGCAAGGAUAAACCCUGUCCUGUUAUUAGCGGUGUUGAUGAAAUAACAAAAGUACUGGAAGACAAUAUGCUCGUUUUACAGUCAAUCAAUGGGAGUCGUAGUGCUCAACCAUUCAUGAACACAAUCCGGCAGUUGGAAAAAGACUUAAGCAUCAUCAGUGAUACUCUUGAAAAAUGGGUGAUUGUGCAGCAGAAGUGGAUGUAUCUGGAAGUUAUAUUUGUGGCUGGUGAUAUAGCAAAUCAAUUACCGAAUGAUGCUAAACGUUUUCAGAAGCUGGAUGCUGCCUUCCGCAAGUUGAUGAAUGAAGCGGCCAAUACACAAUAUAUAAUGAAGUGCUGUCUGGCAGACCAUAAACUCGAUGCGCUUAUAAUGCUACAAAGCGAACUGGAGUUAUGCCAGAAGGCUCUUAAUGAUUACCUUGAUGCGAAACGCAAUGCCUAUCCACGUUUCUACUUCAUAUCUGAUGAUGAAAUGCUCUCAAUACUUGGUGGCAAGGAGAUUGAGACGAUUCAGGAGCAUAUUAUGUUUGACAAUAUCAAAGGAUUCAAAUACAGACAGGAUGGUAAAGGAAAUACCCUUUUAACGGCGAUGGUAUCAUGCGAGGAAGAGAUUAUGCAGUUUCAUAAGCCCGUCUAUUUAGUUGGAAAAGUUGAGGAGUGGCUGUUGAAUCAAGAGGCAGAGAUGAAACGCACCAAUCAAAUGAUCACCAAGCGUGCUCUAUUCUACUACUGUUAUAAGAAGCUCCGCGUUGAAUGGAUGCUGGACUUUCUUGGCAUGGUGGUACUUGCGGCUAAUCAGAUUUGGUUCACAUGGGAGACUGAAGAUGUUUUUAGACACAUGAAGGCAGGUCAACGACGUGCUAUGAAGGACUUUAAUCAGAAACUCAUUGAACAGAUAAACCAGAUUGUUCGCAUGGUUCGUGGUCAUAUCACUCCAAAUGUGAUGAAGAAACUAGAAACUGUGCUGAUUCUUGAUGUCCAUGCAAAGGACAUCAUCGAAGGCUUCAUCCGUGACAGCAUCGUUGCAGCUGAUGAAUUCGAAUGGGAGUCUCAAUUGAGAUUCUACUGGGUACGAAGUCUUGAUACGAUGAAAGUACGUCAAGUUUCAGCUGAAUUUGAUUACGGAUAUGAGUAUUUUGGCAUGAACGGAAGAUUAGUUAUCACGCCGCUUACUGAUCGCAUCUACUUGACUCUGACUCAAGCACUUUCUCUAUAUCUGGGUGGAGCACCUGCGGGCCCAGCUGGUACAGGGAAAACAGAAACUGUAAAGGAUUUGGCAAAAGCUCUUGGACAACUGUGCAUAGUUACGAAUUGUGGUGAGAGCAUGGAUUACAAGUCAUUCGGAAGACUGAUGAUGGGUCUUUGUCGUGUGGGCUGUUGGGGAUGUUUUGAUGAAUUCAAUCGAAUUGAGGUAUCGGUUCUCUCAGUUGUCACUUCACAAAUUCAAGCCAUUCAGGCAGCCCUUAAAGCUAAGGCUACUGUCUUUCAACUGGAUGGACAAGAAACGUCAUUGAAUAGCCGAAUCGGCUAUUUCAUUACCAUGAAUCCAGGCUAUGCUGGUCGAACCGAACUUCCUGAGUCUGUUAAAGCUCUUUUCAGACCGGUAGUGGUUAUUGUGCCUGAUCUUGAAUACAUCUGCGAAAUUAUGCUCUUCUCUCAAGGGUUUCUUACUGCAAGAGAACUGGCUAAGAAGUUGACAACAAUGUAUCACUUGGCUGAGAAACAGCUAUCCCAGCAAUAUCAUUAUGACUUUGGUUUGCGAGCUCUCAAAUCUGUCCUUACUAUGGCUGGCGGUAUUAGACAAGCAGAUCCAGAUAACAGGGAAGAUAAGCUACUCAUGCGAGCUUUGAAGAACACCAACUUGCCUAGAUUUGUUCAUGAAGAUGUACCUCUCUUUUUGGGUCUGGUGCAGGAUCUCUUCCCUGGUGUUGAGCUUGACCUUCAUAGUUCUGAUCCGGACCUUGUACGUGCCGCCACAGAAGUGCUCAGAUUUCAGAGGUAUUCUAUUGUUGAAACACAGCUCCAAAAAGUAAUCCAUCUUCGAGAUACUUUGGCUGUUAGGCACUCUGUGAUGCUUGUGGGACCGACAUUGGGAGGGAAGACAACUGUUCUCAAUACCUUAGCCAAUGCCCAACGCAUUAUGGGUUUGCCAACUAAACUUCACGUCAUAAAUCCAAAAGACCGUUCUGUGAAUGAUCUCUACGGCACAUUGGAUCCGUCAAGUCGUGAAUGGACAGACGGUCUGCUGUCCAUGAUUUUCCGUCAAAUUAAUAUACCUACUGAUCAGGAUGAAAGAAGGUAUUUUGUUUUCGACGGCGACGUUGAUUCCUUGUGGAUUGAGAACAUGAACUCUGUUAUGGAUGAUAAUCGACUUCUUACUCUAGUUAACGGAGAGCGCAUUAAAUUACAGCCAUAUUGUUCACUUGUCUUUGAAGUUGGAGAUUUGAAGUAUGCAUCGCCAGCAACAGUGUCACGUUGUGGUAUGGUCUAUGUAGAUCCCACAAAUCUCACCUACGAGGCCUAUUGGAAUGCCUGGUUAAUGAGUAUUCAAAAUGAAAAUUACCGCAAUAGCCUAGAAUUUCUUUACAAGAAAUACAUUCCCAAGUUAAUGGACCUUAUAUUCGAAGGAAUCGUUCCUUUUGGUGGAUUUGGUGAGCCCAAAGGACGUAAUAAACGACCAUCUACUACAUCAGAAGGCGAGGAUUCCUCUAAAGCUACAAAAGUUCACCACGUAAUUCCUUCCAGUUCAAUGCACUCCAUGAUUCAAUUAUGCGCUCUUCUUUCCGCCCAGCUAUCAGAAGGAUCAGAACCGGGCACUGAUAAUUUGGGGCAAUUGCCUUCCCUUUCAGGCAAUGUUAGACAAGAGGAAAGGAAAGAGGCAGGGAAAGAAAAAAAAUUAGAAAAAUCAACGGCAAAAACUGCACAAUUAGAGACGAAAACGUUGGGAGAGUUAUCGAUCAUUUCCGCUGUCUCUACACCUACUAUAAAGACAAUGGCUACUGAAAUAUCGGAACAGGACGUAGCGACAGCAUUCGAUACCAAAUUUACCUUCGAUCAUCCUGAUGUUGUAGAGGCAAUAUUCUUGUUCUGUCUCUACUGGGCUUUUGUAGCCCCAUUAGAGUUAAAGGAUCAAAUCACCAUAGAUGGGGCUAUCAAAGCGCUAUCCGGCUUGAAUACUUUCGAUGAGGGCGAUGGAAUGCCUUUUGUCAAUCCAGGCGUACUUCCAUCUCACGCAGAUCAUCUUUAUGACUAUAUGUUUGAUCUGACGGAGUUCCAUUGGGUAGAAUGGCGGCGUCUUGUUCCCCAGUACAUUCAUAACCCAGCUAUACCUUAUCCAGAACUCUUUGUUCCCACUGUAGAGACCAUUAAACUAGAAUGGAUUCUUAAAGAAAUGUUUCUGAUGAAUAGGCCACUUCUUAUAGUUGGUGAAACAGGUACAAGCAAGACAUCAACUACGCAUUCUACUAUCCAAAUGUUCAAUCCCGACGUGACCAGUUCUCUCAUAAUUAAUUUUUCCUCUCGCACUUCGUCAAAGGACCUUCUUCGAAGCUUAAAUGCUAACGUGGAGAAGCGCGCAAAGGGGGUCUAUGGACCAAUGCCAGGGAAGAAGUUGAUUGUCUUCAUAGAUGAUUUGAAUAUGCCUCAGGAAGAUAAUUAUGGAACACAACAACCAAUAGCCCUAUUACGAAUGAUUCUUGAACGUGGAGGCCUUUAUGAACAAGGAAAGGAGUUGGUUUGGCGGUCUCUCAGGGAUAUCACCUACAUUGGAGGCAUGGGCCCCCCUGGAGGAGGCCGAAAGUCACUCGAUCCUCGAUUCGUUUCCUUUUUCUCUGUCUUCCAUUGUCUUUCUCCUUCGGAGGACAGUUUCAGAAGUAUUUUUGGAAACAUUCUUGGCGGUCACUUUGCAACAGGUUUUGAAGACAGCGUAAAGAUUAUGGUGAAUGAUAUAACUAGCAUGAGUGUUGAGACAUAUUUUGAGAUCAAAAAUAGUUUACUACCUACUCCUACAAAAUUCCAUUACACAUUUAAUUUGAGAGACAUUUCAAGAGUGUUCCAAGGAAUGUGUCAGGCGAUUCCGACGAAAUACAAAGAACCUAAAAAGAUCCUCCGGUUAUGGAGACAUGAAAUCUUGAGAAGCUUCUACGAUCGUCUCAUCAAUGAUGAUGACAGAGCCACAGUGAAUAAUAUCAUAUCGAGUAAAUUGCACAAGUAUUUUGAAGAAAGUAUGGAUUACGCAAUGAUGGAUCCACUUAUCUUUGGUGAUUAUUGGGCCGCCAACACGGAUGAAGAGGACUACUAUGAGGAUAUGCAAGACUUUGAUGUCUGCAAAGCCAUUACGGAGGAGUUAAUGGUGUCUUACAAUGAACAAGUCGGAAAUCUCAAUUUGGUUCUUUUCAAUGAUGCUCUAAAUCACCUCAGUGUGAUCCAUCGCAUUCUGCGUUUGGAAGGUGGCCACGCUCUCCUUGUAGGCGUCUCAGGUUCGGGCAAAAAGGCCUUGGCAAGAUUGGCUGCAUUCAUUGCUGGUCUGCGUGUCUUCGAAAUUAGUUUGAGCAAAUCCUAUGGCGAAGCUGAACUCUGCGAAGAUAUCAAAAGACUCUACACUAUGAUGGCUGACAAUAUUGAUCAUUAUCUGUUUAUCUUUAAUGAUACGCAUAUUCGAAAUGAAGGCUUCCUAGAAUUCGUAAAUAAUAUCCUCACCACAGGAUGUCUUGUUUCCCUCUUCGGUGAUGAAGAUAAAGAGGCUAUCAUCAACAAUGUCUGGCCUAAGGCUGAAGCGGCCCUUCGAUCCAUCUCUGGAGUGUCGGCCACGGUUAACAGAGAGGCUGUGUGGAAGUGGUUUGCUCGCGACUGUACAGCCCGUCUUCACAUGGCUUUGUGUAUGAGCCCUGCUGGAGAUGAUCUUCGGAACCGAUGUCGAGAUUUUCCUGGUAUUGUCAACUGUACAACAAUCGAUUGGUUUUUCCCUUGGCCUGAACAAGCUCUUUAUGCUGUAGCGUGCACUCUCAUUGACCCUGAGGAUCCACAUAUUCCUCGUCAGUAUUGGGACGCCAUAGUUGAAAAUGUAGUGAACGUCCAUAUAUCCGUAAAGGAUGCUUCAAUUGAGCUGAAGAAUCAACAGCGAAGGGACAACUAUGUCACCGCUACAAACUAUAUCGGCUUUAUUAAGGGCUUUAAGAAGCUCCUUGUUGAGAAGUUAGAUGAAAAUGAAGCAAGUCAAGACCGUUUAAAUGUGGGCCUAGAAAAGCUGAAGGAAACAGCAAAGCAGAUAGAUGAACUUAAUGCCAAAAUGGCAGUUCAGAAAGUGAUAUUGGAAGAGAAGACGAAGUCAUGCGAAGAACUCUUGAAGGAAAUUGAAUCUUCUACCGAAACUGCUACCGCUAAGAAGACUGAGGCGCAAGCUAAGUCAGUUGAUGUUGCCGCAAAGCAGAAAGUUAUUACUAAGGAAAAGAGUGAAGCCGAAGUGGCUUUGGCUGAAGCUUUGCCAGCUUUAGAAGCCGCUAAAAAAGCCCUAGACGAGUUGGACAAAGCGGAUGUGACUGAAUUUCGAGCCUUCGUUACUCCGCCUAAAGCUGUCCAAUUGGUCGGUGAAUGUCUCUGUUACGUCAUGUCGGUAGAAGAUACUAGUUGGAAAGCUGCCAGAGGUUUAAUGGCUGAUGCGAACUUCAUCAAAACAUUGCAGACUAUGGACUGCGAAGCCAUCCCACAAAAGAACAUUAACGCACUCAAAGUUAAGCAGUUGAAAUAUCUUAUCGCGAAGAGAAACAUGGGAUAUGAAGAAGUUCGAGCAGCCAGUAAAGCGGGUGGAGGUUUCUUCAAGUUCAUUCUUUCUGUGGUGGCUUUCUACGAUGUGGCGAAGGUAGUUCGUCCUAAACGUGAGCGUGUGAAACUUCUUGAAACCGAAUUAAACAAGGCGAUUCGUGAAUUGAAAAUGUUAAAUGAUCAAGUUGUCCAAUUGGAAGAGAUGUUAGCUAAUCUUCGCCGGCAAUAUUCUGAGGCUCAAGGCGAAAUGGAUAAACUGAAGUCAGAUAUGAAUAUUAUGUUGAGACAACUACUUGCAGCCGAGAAACUCACUUCUGGGCUGGCUUCUGAGAAAGAACGAUGGAUUAAAACCGUUGCCGAACUGAAGAAAGACAAAGAGAAAAUUCUGGGUCAUUGUCUUCUGGCAUCUGGUUUUCUUAACUAUCUUGGUCCAUUCACUCAAGAAUUCCGAUCUCUCUUACUUUAUAAAGAAUGGGUCGAGAAUCUUGCCAAUGACGAUAUCCCUGUGAGUGAAGGUUUCAAAGUGGAGGAAUUGCUAACUUCAGAUGUAGAGAUUUCUACGUGGAAUUCUCAGGGUUUGCCUCCGGAUGAACUCAGUAUCCAAAACGCAAUCCUUACCACGAAAGGACCUAGAACUCCCGUUUGCAUUGAUCCUCAGGGACAAGCCACAAAAUGGCUUCGAGUAAUGGAGCGAAAUCCGAAAGAUGAAACACGGUCUAUAAAAAUCACAACAAUGAACGAUCCUCAAUUCCAAAGGACUUUGGAGAACUGCAUAAGAUUUGGUACUGCGAUUAUGUUUACUGGAGUUGAAGAGGAUAUUGAUCCUUUGAUGAAUAAUGUAAUUGACAGGGAUAUAAGAAGAGAUCGGGAUCGGGAAAUUGUAAUGCUGGGUGAUCGAGAGGUUGAGUAUAGCCAUGGAUUCCGUCUCUACUUGACCACAAAGCUGCCAUAUCCUCGUUUUAAACCCAAUCUCUACAGUCAUACUCUUAUCAUUAACUAUACGGUUACGGCGACUGGUUUAGAAGGUCAAUUGCUAUCCUCUCUGGUCAAACAUGAAUAUAAGGAACUGGAGGAAAAACGGGAAUAUCUUAUUAAGGAUACGAGUGAGAAUAAACGUAUCUUGAAGGAGCUGGAAGACCGGUUGUUAUUAGAAUUGGCUACUCAAGCAGGCAACAUCCUCGAUAACUGGGAGUUGAUUGAGACCUUGGAGAAGACAAAAGACAAGGCAGUCGACGUCGGUCACGCUUUAGCGCAGUCUGCCGAAGUCGCCUUGGAUGUGGACAGGCAACGUAACAUCUAUCGUCCGGCUGCACGUCGGGGCGCAAUUCUCUUCUUUAUUAUUGCUGAUUUAGCAAUGGUGGAUCCAAUGUACCAGUUUUCACUAUCUUCCUUUAUGCAAGUCUUUGUGAAAUCUCUCAAGAGAGCAAUGCCUAAUAACUCAUUACCGAAAAGACUGGAGAACAUUAAGUCAACUCUCACUUAUCUUGUAUUUUCAUAUGGAUGUACUGCAAUUUUCGAGGAACACAAACUCCUUCUGUCUUUUCAAUUGGCUAUUCGAAUGCAACAAGAUGCUGAAAACCUUCCGCCGAAGGAACUUAAUUUCUUUGUUCGUGGUGAUCUUUGCUUAACCGACGAGCAUUUUCCGUCGCCUCAACCUUGGAUACCUUUGUCAGUUUGGCGGGACUGUCUUUACCUUGCAACGUUUCUCCCGAAGAAGUUCGGGAAAUUGCCCGAGCACGUUGUAACUUUUCCCGAUACGUGGAGAAAGUGGUUCGAUUCUGAAGCACCAGAGGCUCAACGUUUCCCUGGCCGAUUUGAAAAAUUGGAACCGUUCGCAAAGCUUUGUCUCAUUCGGGUGUGGCGUAAUGACCGAGUUACUUCUGCAAUUUCGCUUUUCAUCAACGCUACAAUGGGUCAUAACUAUGUAACACCACCGAUUACAGCACUCAAUGAAGUUCUGGUAUCUACAACUCCAACAAAUCCUAUUGUAUUGAUUGUCAAACCUGGCGCCGAUCCACCGGCUGCUCUAGCUAAUUUAGCACAGAGUGUAGACUUUGGAAUAAGCAAAAUAAGGUAUUUAUCUCUUGGACAGGGUCAAGAAACUGCCGCAGAAAACCUAUUUGCUAGCUGUGUGGCCCGUGGACACUGGCUGGUUCUACAAAACUGUCAUUUACUACUUUCCUACACAUCUAAAAUUGAACUUAUGCUAGAAAAUACUGUGAAUCCGCAUCCAGAUUUUCGACUUUGGCUAACUACAGAACCUGUUACAACAUUCCCUGUUGGUCUCCUUCAAAUCGCCUACAAAGUUGUAAUGGAAUCGCCCAGUGGUUUGCGGCAGAAUAUCACAUCGUCGCUGAAUAAGCUUGAUAACAGCCAUUUCGUUGCAUCUAGUCACUCAAAGUACAGAUCAAUCAUGUUUGUACUAGUGUUCCUUCAUGGUAUACUACAAGAGCGUAGACGCUAUGGCAAAUUGGGCUGGAACAUCCCUUACGACUUUGCUGAUGCUGAUCUCCACGUAUCAUUGCUGAUAAUACAGAAAUCGCUCAAUGAAACCGCUGAGCAGAACCCGAUCAAAUGGCCUAGUUUAAAGUAUCUUAUUGGCGAGGUUAUGUAUGGUGGUCGUACAAUCGAUUCUUUUGACAGACGUGUACUCAAAACCUAUAUGGACGAAUAUUUUGGAGAUUUCUUAUUUGACGAGUUCCAGACUUUCCACUUUUACCAUGAUGAGCAAGUCGACUAUAUGAUUCCUGCUGAACCAGAUGGGAUUAAUGAUUAUCGUGAAAACUUCCUGAGAACCGUCGAGGUCUGGCCCAUCCAACAAAAGCCAAAUGUAUUUGGUCUGCAUGCCAAUACAGCAAUCGGUUAUGCUGUUAAAUUUGCUCGUGGCCUUUGGGCGAAUCUUCAGAAUCUCCUACCCGAAACCGAUGCUGUGACAGGAAUUCCCGACGGCUCGGCAUUGUCACGUACCGCAGCAAAUGUCGCAAACUUAAUCAGGGAGAAGGAAGAACGUUCGAAGACAAUCGGUGUACCUAUAUAUCAACCUACAGUCAGUGGUGCCUCUGGACAAUCUCAAUCCACCAAACUGAGUAAUGAAAAGAAAGUAGAUGACGAUUAUGAAGAGGAACCAGAAGAAUACGAAGAUCUCGAUUAUGACUCAGAUAGUAAGAGCAUAACGGAAUCGAACUUCUUCAGGAAGUCAAAAUUAUCCGUUGAAGAUGGAGGUGGAUUAGAUAGUGAAGGUGUUCAGACAAAGGACGCUGUCCUUGACUCCAUGGCUGCAAGUAUUCUAGGUCGUUUGCCUCCUCCGUUCGACGUUAAAUCUAUUCGCAAACGCCGCAUUUCCGGAGAAAUCACGCCAACAAUCGUGGUUCUCCAGCAGGAGUUGGAUCGAUUUAAUCUCAUUCUACGCGAGAUGCGAAAUUCGUUGACCGAUUUGAGAAGAGCUAUUGCUGGAGAGGUUGGCAUGUCAACUGAGUUGGAUGCUGUUGCUGCUUGCCUUGGACGUGGAACAAUACCUGCCGCAUGGAGAAAAUUGGUACCAGCAACUGAAAAAAGUCUGGCUGAUUGGCUACAGCAAUUAAUUCAGAGAAAUGAACAAUAUAAAUCUUGGGCUGAUGUUGGUCGAAGUGAGCUUCCAGUUAUGUGGUUAUCAGGUUUACACCUACCACAAUCCUACCUAACUGCAUUGAUACAAAAGGCGUGUCGUAAGAACGGCUGGGCUCUAGAUAAGUGUACGAUGUCUACAUUUGUUACUGAUGUCCAACCUUCGGAUAUAUCCAGUAUUCUUAUGGCUCCAGAAGUCGGUUGCAAUAUCAUUGGCCUUUAUCUUGAAGGAUCCGCCUGGAGUGUUGAGGUCUGUUUCAAGACUUUUUUCUUUGAAUAUCUUUCGUUCCUGCAACUUCCAGCAUUCAUUUUCGUUUGCUCACAUUGGUUGGGAUAUUAUGUCAUUAUCGAAUCACUUAUGGAGCCUUAA